AGAAAACGCAACAAGUAGUUCAGGAAUAAUAAAAGCGGAAAAGGAAAAAGCCGGCUUCUGAAAUUAAUUUAACCCUAGAAAGAACUAUGUAAAGCUAACCCAAACUUAACCACGAUCUCUGACCCGUGGUAAAAAUGAUUUAGGCGGGAAAACCCCAAAACUAUACACACUCACACACAACUCCUCCAACGCUCUCUCUCUCAAUCUUCCAGUCUCUCUCUAAAACUUUUUUGUUUUCUCUCUCAUAAGAAACCAUGAACGGCGGUCGCCGGACCAGGGCCGCGGCGGCGAGCGAGGUCGCCGUGGAAGAAAAGCGGCCAGUGGUGGUGAAAGAAGGAAGCGCAGAGGAACCAAUGGUGGUUCUGGACGAGUCUCAUUUGGAAUCGGAGGUUGCGAAGCUACGUGGACGUUGGGAACUAGCCUCCGUUCUCAACUUCCUCGGCGUUUUUGAGCCUGUGAUUGGGAGUGGUUUGAGGCUCUCGGCGGAAGAGAUUGAGAUGGGUUUGAUUAAGCCAAACAGUUCACUCGCUCAGCUUCACAUUGCGCUUUUGAAGGGAAUACCACCUGUAAGUAAAAAAUUGAACAGUUCUGAUGCUUGGGUGGCUGAACUUUGUAAGAAACUUGAUACUUGGUGGCCAUGGGUAGCUGAAGGGGAGACUCCAUUGGUGGCAGCUAAAGGAGAGGAGAUAAUACCCAGAUACAAACAGCUUGAUUCAACUAAUCGUUUACUCAUUUUGAAGGCACUUUGUGAACUCCGGGCUCAUCAAGAUGAUACAGUUUCUUAUAUAAAUGAUGCUUUAAAACAAGGAAAUGAAGUAUCUUCUUUCCGCAAAGAUAAGAUAGGAGGAGAUGGAAAUGGGACUUCCUAUUGGUAUGAUGGAAACAAAACUAUUGGCUAUAGAUUGUACAGGGAACUGAAUAUAUAUCCAUCAAAGAGAAACUCUAAGGGUAAAGGCUGUUUAACUCCAUCAGCUAUCAACUUUCAAUGGGAAACUCUUGCAACCAAUCUUGAGGAAUUUCGCAAAGUUGUGGAUGAACUCUCAGGUAGCGAUGUUGUUGCAGAAGUUGAUGUUUGUAAGAUAAUUGAAACUGAUGCCAUUCCUAUUCUUGAGAAGCUUCAAAAGAACAAAGAAAGGGCACUGAAACAAAAGCAACGGAAAGCAUUGCUCCUGAAUAGUUUUGCGAAUCCUUAUGGGGCUGGAAUUACUCGCACUUGUCGCACUCGUAGGCCUAUCAACUACACAUUUGAUGAUUAUGACCGGGCCAUUGAUGAGGCCAUUCAACUAACAAAAAAGGGGAAAACUACUGCUGAAAGGAAGGCUAGUCGACAUGAAAGCAAUGGCAUCGACUCUAAUGGGGGCCAAGAAAAGGAUACAGACUCAAAGGAUAGUUCUGGUAAAAAAAGUGACUCCAUGGAUAAUGACGCUGAAAGUGACAGGCUUCAAGAAUUUAAUUCUGAUAAUGAAAAUGAGGAUGCUGAUUAUUCUGGGAAUGAGGAUGCUGAUUAUCGUGGCAAGGAUGAUGAUAUUAAUGAUGGUAGUGACCUAGGAAAUUAUGAAGCAGAUGAGAAUGCUGUAGUGAAAACUAAAAGCUUGGGUGCAAAGAAUAGGUUGAGACAAAGACCCACUCACAAUUCUGCCCUUAACUCUGUUGUGGUACCUGAUUCAGAAGAUUCAGAUGAUGAAAACGUACCAGAAAGUACAAACAAAGAGAUAUCAAGAGAUGAAAGUUCUUCCCCAGGUACUACUGCAGAAGAGGCCAGUGACAGCUAAAAUGAUUUUUGGAAAUGUGAAACCUAACAUUCAAGUGAGUGCACAGGCUAAAAUGUUUUUCCAUGAAUUUUGUAUGCAGACGAAAUUUUGAAACACUAACGUCUUCUAAAAGUGUCAUGGAAAUUUAUUCUCACUAUAUUGUAUCUUGGAAACAGAACUUGUAUUCUUGUCUCGUUUCCAUGAACUCUGUUUAUCUAAAUAGCUGAAAGGUGGUUGUCUUGUACAAGGUUUUAGUUAGGAGAAUGGAGAUUCAACUUGACUAUCCAUCCAA